CUGUUAACCAAAUCAAUCAGCCACGCAAAGACUACGCACACUCUUCUUCUUCUCCAAAUCUCUCUCAACAAAACCUCCCAACGUUUCUGUUACCUUUUUCAAGGAACUGUUUUUAGUUUCUCAGAAGAAAGAACGAAGGAAGAAAAAAAAAAAAUGUCGUCUUUGGGCAGUGGAGGAAGAGCAUCGCACAAAUCCCCAUCAUCCUCUUCGUCUUCUAAUCCUUUGAAUUUUUUUGUUAAUGGAAAUUCUUCCUCUUUGCGAACUAACAAUGGCGGGCAGCCACAUUCUGUCCGCUCUAAAGUGCCCAUGUCUUCUUCGAGACGCUCUGUUACGCCCACCUCAAGAAAUCGCUCUUCAUCUCUUCAUUAUGACUCAGAAUCUGAGAGAGUGAGAGUUGCUGUUAGGCUACGACCUAAAAAUGCUGAGGAUAUGUCCGAUGUCGACUAUGCUGAAUGUGUUGAACUUAAGCCUGAGCUAAAAAUGUUGAAGUUAAGAAAAAACAAUUGGACUUCUGACUCUUAUAGAUUUGAUGAAAUCUUUACGGAAAGUGCUUCACAGAAGCGUAUUUAUGAGGCGGUAGCUAAACCCGUUGUUGAAAGUGUAAUGGAUGGGUAUAAUGGUACGGUUAUGGCUUAUGGCCAAACGGGCACUGGAAAGACUUACACCCUUGGCAGGCUGGGUAAAGAGGAUGCUUCUGAACGUGGAAUAAUGGUUAGAGCUUUGGAGGACAUAUUAUCUGGUACAUCGACAUCUGAUACUGUCAAAGUUUCUUAUUUACAGUUAUACAUGGAAUCUAUUCAAGAUUUGCUUUCUCCGGAAAAAACAAACAUUUCAAUUGUGGAGGAUGCCAAGACUGGGGAAGUAUCCGUACCAGGUGUUGAUAUAGUUAAAAUACGAAGUCUCGAUCAUUUUUUACAACUAUUGCAAACUGGAGAAGCCAAUCGUUACGCAGCCAAUACAAAGAUGAACACAGAAUCAUCGCGCAGUCAUGCAAUUCUUAUGGUUAAUAUUCGUAGAUCAUGUAAUGAGAAAGAAGAACGAGAGAUUGAUCAAGAGCAAGAAAUUCCUACGUGUAGAAAUGGACGAAUGCCUACAAUUCGGAAAAGCAAGCUACUGAUUGUGGAUCUUGCCGGAUCUGAGCGAAUAGACAAAUCAGGGAGUGAAGGCCACUUGCUGGAGGAGGCGAAGUUUAUCAAUCUUUCUCUCUCAUCUCUUGGAAAAUGCAUAAAUGCAUUGGCCGAAAAUAGCCCUCACAUACCAACCAGAGAUUCUAAGUUGACAAGAUUGCUCCGAGAUUCAUUUGGAGGUUCAGCAAGAACAUCACUCAUAAUUACAAUUGGGCCAUCUUCACGCCAUUAUGCAGAAACAGCAAGCACUAUAAUGUUUGGACAGCGGGCCAUGAAAGUUGUGAACUCAGUAAAGGUGAAAGAAGAAUUUGAUUACGAGAGCUUGUGUAGGAAGCUGGAGACUCAAGUCAAUCAUCUUUCCGCAGAGGUCGAUCGGCAACAGAAGUUGAGGGAGAAAGAAAAGAAUGAAACGAACAAGUUGCUGCAAGAAUAUGAAAAUUCAUCAGCCGAAGCCGAAAAGCAUUUUGCCACUAGGUCUGAGUUGUUACAGAAGGAGAAUUAUCAGUUAAAAUCGGAGAUAGAAAAAUUACUUCAAGAAUUGGAUAGCCAGAAAGACCGCAACAAAUUGUUGCUUGAUGAGAUUGCACGCUUAGAAGCGAGUGCAAAUACUAGUAAGAUCUUGGAGGAUGAAAAAGCUUGUUUGGAGUUGGAGUUGAACAACAUUGAGAAAGAUCUGAAAUGGCACAAAGACCAAAAUAAUGUCAUGCAGAAUGAGAUUGCAUGCCUACAGAUGAAUUUGAAGCAAAACAAGGUGCGUAAUCCAAGUACUGUUUCGUUCAAUUCAAUAUUCACUAUUACUUUAAUUCUUUUCAAGAUUAAUGGAGGCAAGGAGAUUGAUGAGCUUCAACUGAGAUUGCAAGAUAUGCAUCAGCUGCAUGAGGCAACUGCCAAUGAACUAAGAGUUUUAAGCAUAAACUAUGAGAAUCUAGAAUCAGAAAAGGAAACACUUAAAUAUGAACUUGAUGCUGUACGAGAAACUCUACAAAUAGAGGAAAGGCGAAGAAAAGAUGCUGAAGCUGAGCUCAACAAUAUAAUAAAAGCCGUCCCAGAAAGUGAAGAUGGUUUUGAGGAAAAGACAUCUUAUAUGCUUGAAAACACUAUCAAAAGGUCCUCAGCUUUAAGCAAUGCUCAAACUUCUCUAAAGUAUAGCCGAUCAAGAGAAACUGUCCUCAGUCAGAGGAAUACAGUCACCAAAAUAUGUGAGGAAGUUGGCAUCCAAAAGAUACUAUCAUUGUUAGAGUCUGGAGAUGUGGAUGUUCAGGUUCAUGCUGUGAAAGUUGUGGCCAAUCUAGCUGCAGAAGUUGCAAAGAUAANAAUUGUUCAGGAUGGUGGCUUAGAUGCACUGUUAAUGUUGUUGGAAUCAUCACUCAACACAACAAUACUCAGAGUUGCUUCUGGUGCUAUAGCUAAUUUGGCAAUGAAUGAAAUGAACCAAUCUUUGAUAACGAAUAAAGGAGGGGCGAAGCUUUUGGCAAAUGUGGCUUCAAAAACAGACGAUCCUCAAACUCUUAGAAUGGUUGCAGGGGCAAUUGCAAAUUUAUGCGGAAAUGAAAAAUUACACAUGUCUCUGAAAGAAGAUGGAGCUAUUAAAUCUCUCUUGGGAAUGACUCGAUCGAAAAAUAGUGAUGUCAUCGCUCAGGUAGCCAGGGGAUUAGCUAAUUUCUCCAAGUGCGAGUCUAGAAAAAUUAUGCAAGGCCAUUGGAAGGGCCGUUCGCUUCUAAUGGAAGAUGGAGCUCUGUCUUGGCUUGUUGCUAACUUGAACACUUGUUCGAUUCCUACCAGACGCCAUAUGGAGCUCACAUUUUGCCGUUUAGCACAAAAUGAGGAAAACGCCAGGGAUUUCAUAACCAGUGGAGGUCUGAAAGAAUUAAUCGGAAUCUCGAACGGAUCUGAAAGAGAAGAUAUCCGCAACUUGGCCAAGAAGACAUUAAGGUCGAAUCCCUUGUUUCAUGCAGAACUCGAUAAAAGGUGACUGACCAUUAAGGUUUUAGUUUCAGAUGAGCAAUUUAUGUACUUUACCAGUUUAUGUAAAUGUGUAUAGAGACAUUUAUUUGUUUAUUUAUUUAUUUUGUUUGGUAAUGAUAAUUUUACCAUGAAAGAAAGUAUAUGGUGAAUUAGUUGUAAAAUAAUGUGUUACGACCUGUAACACAUAAUGCCGGUAUUUUUAAAUGGAGAUUUUCAAAUAAGGAUUUUUUAUACAUGCAAUUCCAUAAUUAAUUCAUUCUUCCAAUUAUUAUUUUUAAGUGAGGAUUUUUAACACAUGCAAUUCCAUAAUUAAUUCACAGGCUAUAAAGAUUACAAUUAAUUCAUCAUGCAAAUUUAGCAAUGCAACAAUAAAGAUAUGGAUAUAAAUUCCCCUGUUAUAGCCAUUAAUUAGAACUCUAGUUGAAUUAA